AUGUCGUCGUCACAAGCAGUCAACCCGAUCCUCGCUCUCGUCUCUCAAGCCGACACAUUAGCAACGGCAUUCACACAAACGCACGUCCAAUCCCUCCCCUUCGCCCGGGCGCUGGCGGACCCAACGGCGUCGGAGGAGACGCAGGAGCGCAACCUCUCGGCGCUGCGCGCGGUGCUGGAGCGCCUCGAGCAGGUCGUGGCGCAGAUGAUGGAGAUGCUCUACCGCGUCGACCUCUUCCUCUCGGAACCCACCCGCCCCGGUAUCUCGGGCUACGAUCCAAAAGAGGCAUGCAGGCACGUCUCGGAACUCUUUCAUAUGUACCAAGCCGAACUGCUCAGCAAGCGCGAGCUCCUCGCCGAGUUUACCUGCGAGGACAUUACGGCCGACGAGUUCGUGCACAGAUGGCAAACAAUGGAAGAGGUGCAGCAAGGAAAGAAGCAGGAGGUCGAUGACCUGGCCGACAUGUUUGCCAGCUUUUCCUAG